AUGAAAAUUUCAGCGUGGGGGAAGUUGAGUGAUCUGGCUUAUAAACUUGAAGAUGCCACCAUUGAAAGAGGGAUCUUGGUUUCUUGGAUAAUACCAUCUUCUACACCUCAGAAGUUGCCAUUUACAUGGAAAGCAUCCAGUCGAUUUAUUACUGCAGCAGUAGGAUUGUAUGGAAAACUAUGGCUAGCGUGGUUAAAUAAAGUUCGUGUUCACAACAAAGAGGUCCUACAUAAAGUUUUAGAUGAAAGGCCAAAAGGUCAAGGCUUGUUGACAGUUAGCAACCACAAAAGCUGCCUGGAUGAUCCUCUCAUGUGGGGUAUUUUAAAAACAAGACAGUUGAUAAACUGGGACUUGAUGAGAUGGACAUCUGCAGCUGAAGACAUUUGUUUUCGAAACCCAAUUCACGUUUUAUUUUUCUCCCUUGGCAAAGUGUUCCCAAUAGUAAGAGGAGAUGGCGUUUAUCAAAAGGGCACAGAUUUUUCUAUCGAACAACUUAAUUUAGGAAAGUGGGUUCACUUUUUUCCGGAAGGCAAAGUAAAUGUUACACAGGAGGCAAAACGAUUAAAAUGGGGGGGGGGGGGGGUUGGACGCAUUAUAGCAGAAUGUGAGAAACCACCACUUGUUGUACCCAUAUGGCAUGUUGGUAUGGACUCGGUUCUUCCUAAUCGUCAGCCUUACAUUCCCCAAAUAAAACAAAAGGUAACAUCUUUAAUUGGAAAGCCUAUGGAAUUCACAAAAGAUUUGGAGUUUCUGAAGUCUGCUAAAAAAUCUCCUCAAGAGAUCCGUAAACAUAUCACAGAUAAAAUUCAAGAGGAAUUCAAAGUGUUACGGAGUGUUGCAGAAAAGCUUCAUAAUGAAUAUACUUCAUGACAGCUUUCUAUUGAAUUUAUUAUCCAAAUGACAUGUAUAUCAUAAGCUAUACUUUACCAUCUAAGUUUACACUAAUAAAUUUCCAAACCAUCCAUUUAUAUUAACUAAACAAAACAAAUUUUAAAAUGUUAAUGGAGUACUUAAUUGGGCAGUGAUACAAAAGUCUC